ACAGCCACGUGUUUUUCUCAUGGUUGUCCCUGUCCUGAAUAUUCAUUUAUUUAUUCACCCACUUCGAACUGCAGCUUUGCUUCCUUCCGAUCACCGCCAAUACCAAAAAACCGUCGUCAUGUCCUCCGCCGAAAGCCCUCGUCAAGAAUCAUCAAUGCCGCCACCAGCUUCGAAGAUCGUCUUGUACUCUUUCUGGCAGAGCUCGUGCUCGUGGCGCGUUCGCUUUGCUUUAAACCUCAAAGGGCUUCCUUACGAGUACAAAUCAGUCAAUCUAGCGAAAGGCGAGCAAUUUUCUCCAGAAUUUGAGAAAUUAAAUCCUCUGCAUUUAAUUCCAGUACUAGUUGAUGGCGAUGUGGUCGUCUCAGAUUCGCUUGCCAUAUUGAUGUAUUUGGAAGAGAAAUAUCCUCAGAAUGCUCUGUUGCCUGCUGAUCAACGACUAAAAGCUCUCAAUAUUCAGGCUGCAAGUGUUGUUAAUUCGAGUAUACAGCCUCUUCAUAUGUUGUCGAUUUUGAAGCUAAUUGAGGAAAAAAUUGGUCCUGCAGAGCGAUUAUCUUGGGCUCAGUAUAAUAUAGAGAAAGGUUUUGAUGCUCUGGAGAAGUUGCUAAAAGAUUCUGCUGCAAAAUAUGCUACGGGAGAAGAACUCUAUAUGGCUGAUGUAUUUUUAGCCCCACAAAUUGCUGUUGCCACUGGAAGGUUCGACAUAGACAUGUCCAAGUUCCCCACUUUAAGUAAGAUAUUCGAAUCAUGCAAGGCUUUACCAGAAUUCCAAGCAUCUUUGCCAGAAAGACAACCUGAUGCCAUAAAUUUAUUGAGGUCAAGAUUUCUGGAACAUAUAUAUGAAUAAGGCUUCAUUGUUUUUGUGUUCACUGACUUAUUAAGGUUGAAAUGUCUGGAACGUAUGUAUGUUCAAUUAAAGCUUUUGUAUCUUAGAGUAGCCAAUUUUAAUGUCAUAAUUAUAGCUAACAAGAUUAAUGGAAACUUUCUAGAAAAUGCAAUCAGCUAGAAGUGGAAAAUUUGCUUAUCUAUGAGGUAUCAGAGUUUAAAAUCCUUAAGGGCAUAUGAAAUUUCUGUCAUAUUUGAGUUAAAAUUCCUUGUUGAGAUUCUUCCAAUGGGAAAGGAGGGAAAAUAAGAAGUCCACGUUAACAGUUGCCAUUGCAUCUCCCAGGUUCUUAAUAUGAGCAAAACUAAGAAUGGAGAAAACGUGCCACUUGGGUCACUCUUUAGGCAAUAUUGAUGGAUAAUCAAAUUAUAUCUUGGUAUGGUACAGCUAGCUGUGUAUCCAUUAGAUGGACCAAUAUUAGUUGGAAGAUUUGCCAUUACAAGCUUGCCUGAGAGAAAUUCUAUCAUCUUCAAGCCUUUUCCCUAUUUUGUUAUGCUAAAAGUAUAAGUUCAAAAACACAUGGAAGUUGCACUGGAACAAAAAGGAAUUUGUGGCCCUAGUUACUGAACCAUUCUAGUCCAAACCAGUAGAAUAGAGGUGAAGCUGCCUGUCUCUUAGGCAAACGGCAUUCCCUCCUAACUCCUUCCACUUUUGGCAGGGACAAGUUUUAUUUGAUCUAUGAAUGACAAAAAUCUUACAUUAUUCUGUGAAAACUAUAUUCAAAGAGAACUUCCAUACAAAAAUUUGUACAUACAUUUUUAUCUAUUUAUUAAAGCAUUUCUUUUAUUUUUUUACUUUCACAAAGAUAAAAGACAUAACCCAAAGAGAUCAACUAUUCUUAGUUUGCACUUUGCAGCAACAAUGCAGAUCCUAUUCAUAUUUCAAGAAGAACUGAGUGCCAUGGAUAAUGCCCUAAAGAAAACCCUUCUCCUUGCAGCAUCGAAUUGCAUCGUCGUACAUUUCUUCUAGGCCAUACUUAUACUUGAACCCCAUCUCUAGGAGCUUCUUUGAUGCGACCUCAGCACAUGUGAGCCUUUCAAUUUCUUUCAAAGAACUGCAGAAAUAAAUGAAUGACUAUUGGCACCAGCUAAUUUAACAUAGGAAUCAGUUUAAAAAGAAUAGCUUAAGAAAAUUAUGUAAGGUAUUUGGAAGUGGCUAAAAAAGACACAAGUUUUUUGUUAGUUUUUUUUUCCUGGUAAGAAAAUGCUAUAUGAUAUGUUAAUAAUACCUUUACAAUAAGACUAAUUUUAUAUAUUCUGAAAGGAAGUUGCAUAACAUUGUUAAAAGUAUCUUAUCUCUUGAGCUACAGCGGAAAUUGGCCAAAAUGUAUAAUUUUUUAUAUCUUCACCUAUUGAACUUUUUUCUUUUUUCUGACCAAAACCUUUUCGUGUUAAGUUAAAUAAAAAAAACUAGGAACAUCUCUUAAAAAAAUUGUGAAAAGCUACUCAUCAAGGGAGCCUAAGAUAUGAACGAAACAAUAUAAGAAAAGUUAAUUAAAUGGAAAAUAAGUAGAACUCACUCAGGUGUUGGUAUGAGAUAUUCUGGAUAUCUGCCUGAUAGAAAUUCAGCCAUCUGAUCUAUUGUUAUGGUAAUUCUUGAACAAAUGAACCUUCCUUUUGCAUCAGGACACUCGAAAAGGAAGAUAUGUGCCUUGA